CAAAUGUAUGAUGAUCCAUGUUGUAUUGGCGUCUAAUAUUCCAGUUAUGACUCUGUUUUAAACGAAUUAAGCUAGGAAGAGCAUUAGGGCUGAAUUAUAGAAAUUCGUGGAACGAGCUAGCAACGACAUUGAUAGAAGCUGCAAGCGAAGUAAAUAUGAAACAACUAUAUGACGCAACGAAGAAACUGGCAAGAAAGUAUAGUAAAUCAGAGAGUCUUGGUCAAGGACAAAUAAAGCAAACCAACGACCGAGAUUCAAGUACUGCGGAACAGAUGAGUGUAACACUUUGAGGAACUUUUGAAUGGGUCAGCUUCACUGAAUCGCAUGGAUAUCAAAGCGGCACACAUGGAUCUUUUCUUGGAUUUCACUACGUCAACAAUCAAAGUAAUCACAAUGCAUGUAAGAAAACGUUUAAGCAAGAAUGCAUAAUUAAGUGCUCGGUUUCAGAUUUCGUGUGAUAACACAUAAAAACGUAAGUCGUCCUUAAAAACAUUUCUCCUCACUGCGUGACAAUGCAAAAAAGUUAUUCCGUAUAACGUUUGAUGUCAGUUUUAUUUGACUACACCUAUCAGUUUUAAAGAAUAACUAAAAUCAGGUCUAAACUGUUAACAGAUUUCUCGUUGCACAUGGGAAUCUGGCUAAAUUUUAUGAGCACUUUCAUUCAUCCAGACCGAUUUAUAAAGUACGCUGAUAGAAAUGCUUGUUAUUCACAGAUCAACCAACACUGUGUGUACUUCCCGUAAACGUAGAAAGGAGGUAACGCAAUAUGAUAUCUGAAACUGAAAAAUGACAUUUCUGCACGGUAGAUCACAGAGCCAUCGAAAAGACACAAACAGUUUGUUCACUUCAACCAGUUUGCCAUCAAAUGUGUAUUCCAACUAAUUUACAUACUACAACAUACACAAAAAAUUCUACUACUACUAACGCUACUAAUUAUACUGCUUUUAGUAAAAUUAAUGAUGAUAGAAAUUCCGAUAAUUAGUUAUGUACUUAAAACACCCCUACUACCAAUUUGAUGUCUAUGUUUUUUAAUCAGUGAACUCAUUAACAUUCCAUCGCCUACAAGUUUCAUCAUUUAUAUUCCGACAUUUGUGGUCAAGGUCAACUAUACAGUGGUAAUAUAUAAGUGCUUGAGAAUAGACAGUUUUCAUUACCUUCAACCCACUGUUACUACAAUCAUCAAAAUGUUGAUGAAUAAUUCUUGGUUACUGUUGGCCAUUAUCGCUGUAUUCGCAGUCUUCGUUCAAUCUGACUAUCAACCAUACGUAGUACCGGAUGACAUGCUACCGUAUGUUUUCUAUGACAAAUGUUACCGACCAGAUACUGGUAAACCUAACGAAGCAAUAGCACAACAAAAUCUAAUCUCUAAUGAAGGAAGCAAUAAGAUAAAAGCUAAUCUGGCGGGAACUACUCUAACAAAAAAAAAGCCAGGGAAAAGAACGAAAAAAAAUAGUAAUGGAAAUCAAGGAAAAGGACCGAAAAGAAAUAGUAAUGGAAAUCAAGGAAAAGGACCGAAAAGAAAUAGUAAUGUUCGGAAUAAAAGACGCCAAUAAAAGUGAUAGCAGUCACUUCAUUGAUACUGAUGUUAUCUAAAAUACGUGAUAAACAUUCAGGAUUGUUGUGCCUUUCUUGUGGAUUUUGAUUUGCUUUAUCAUUUUAUUACAUAACUUUAAAAUAAACGUUUGAGUCAUGUUUCCUUUUUUUUUUGUUGUUUCAACAUAAUGUUAUAUUUGCUAUAAAUAAAAUUAGAUAAGUUAACUUUACUCUUGUUACA